UAAAAAAUGUAAAUGAAAGUUUUCACAAGCCUUCUAUACAUUAUAUUAAUUAAGUCAAGGUCACCAAUAUUAUAGCUCGAUCCAUCGACCACGCUAUAAUUAAAAGGCAUUGCUCUUUUUUUCUUGUUUAUCCAAAUAUAUAUUAGAUAUCGACAGCCGCCCCCUCCCGGCACCACACUUCCCAAAAUUAUUUAAUUAAUACAAAAGCCGCCACUACUUUAUUAUUAAAAGAUAAUGCUACUCUAACGAACUAUGAUCAAAAUCAGUGCUUUUAUCUUCUUAAAGAAAAAAACACAAAUAAAUGCAUCAAAAUAAGGGACCCCUCUACACCUAUAUAAACCCACCUAAAUCCACGUAUUCUAGCAUAAGUAAUCACAGUACCAUACUAAGAAAAAUGAACAAAAUGUUACACUCAGCCAGCUUUUCCCUCUCCUUCCUCUUCAUCCUCUUGGUCCAUUUUUCUAUCAACAUCCACGCUGCCACUUUCGAUAUCCGCAAUGACUGUCCCUACACCGUCUGGGCCGCUGCCAGCCCCGGUGGUGGUCGCCGCCUAGAUCCCGGGCAGGGCUGGAACCUAUGGGUGGCGCCAGGGACAGCCAUGGCACGUAUUUGGGGUCGUACCAAUUGCCAUUUUGAUGGCAGCGGCCGAGGCCGGUGCGAAACCGGAGACUGUGGGAGCUUAGAGUGUAAAGGAUGGGGUGUUCCUCCCAACACCUUGGCCGAAUACGCUCUCAACCAGUUCGGUAACAUGGAUUUCAUUGACAUUUCUGUGAUCGAUGGGUUCAACAUUCCCAUGGAGUUUAGCCCCACUAGUGGCGCGUGCAGGGGAAUACGGUGCACCGCUGACAUCAAUGGACAGUGCCCUCGUGAGCUGAGAACCGCAGGUGGUUGCAAUAACCCUUGUACGGUUUUUAAGACCAAUGAAUAUUGUUGCAACAAUGGGCGUGGGUCAUGUGGGCCUACAAACUUUUCGAGGUUCUUCAAGACGAGGUGUCCCGAUGCUUAUAGUUAUCCUCAAGAUGAUCCCACCAGUACUUUCACUUGCCCAGGUGGAACAAACUACAGGGUUGUGUUUUGCCCUAGAGGUUCUUCUCGUAAUUUUCCUUUGGAAAUGGUUGAUGGCAUGGUAAUGUGAGUGAGAAUAUCUCAAGUAAGAUAUAUAUAUAUACGGAUACCAUGCUUAUAUUGGGGUUCUGGUUGCGAUCUGUUUUUUCUUACAGAUCUUGGUUUUGGUUAUAUAGCAUUAGCUAUACGUAUAGGUACGUAUAGUAGUGGUAACUCUUGUUGUUGUACUUCGUUGUACCAGCAUGAAAUGCAUAAAAGAAAUAAUAAAGGCCUGUUUUCCUCUUUGCUUUAA